AUGGACCUGACGCACGUACACGACGACGAGCCCACCCCCGCCGCUUACCCCGACAUCGAGCUCGACGACAACAUCGACGAUGUCGGGACGCUCAUUAGCGGGCUGGCGCUUGGGAAUGCGGCGAUGACGGCAGCCGAGUACGUCGCCAUCGACGACGGGGAGCCAACGUGCGCCGAAGGCGCUACGGGACCUGCGCCCACUGAGGCGGAGGUGGGCGUGGAGGUGGAGCUGUGGCAGGCGCCGACGACCAUGCAGGCCGUCUACGACGACGCCGACCCCGUGGGCCGUGAAGCACGCCGCACUGCUCGUGCGGCGUGUGAGAUGAUUAUCGGGUACGCACGGGCCACUCGCAUCACGCCGCGCGAUCUGUGCCAUCUGUUCGACAUCCGCAAUCCAAUCAUAGUCGUGCGGAUGGAGCGGGCUAGCCCUUCGUUCAACCUGAACGUGGCGCCUCAGCCCGUGCCCUCCCCCGGCGCAACUCCCACGCCCGAGACCCCUCGUCCGCGGGGCCGUGUGCUUCCCGUCUGGAUGACCCGUCCGUCCCGCCGUCAGCAGCUGCUUGACGCCGGGGUGGGCGCCGUGAUGGACGGGUAUGUGGAGGCGGCGGAGUGGAUGCGGUUUGUUUCGUUCCUCCUUUCCCCCCUCCCCUCAUUCUUCACCGCGCGCUCGCUUCCCGCCAUGUCGGUGGCGGCAGGCGUUAGCGAUGCGGCGAUCGCGAUUCGAGAGAAGCUUCGCGGAAGGAUCGCGCAGACGAAAGUGAAGCGGUACUGGCCAGGAAAGGCGCCGGAAUGGGCGGACGACGCGGAGGAGGCGCGCGGGGGCGUGUUCGGGGAACCGGAGGACGAGCGGGAGGAAAUCGGCGACCGACUGACGCGCGUUAGGGUUUCCGAGAACGACGCGCGGUUGCGCCGAUUAGGAGAAAGCCGGCGCGACAGGGAGGAGGCCGUGGCGCGGCAUCGGGAGAUCCGGGCGGCGGAAAUUGUCUCGACGCGGGAGGAGGAGGAGCGGAAGCAGCAGGAGCGCGAGGAGGAGGAGGAGGAAGAGGAGGAUGAAGACGCGAUUGAAGAGCGACGGCAUUCGGAGGAGGAAGGGGGCGGUAUGGCGAUGAUUAAACCUGUGUUCGUUCCCAAGGGCGAGCGCGACACGGUUGCGGAGCGCGAGCGCGUGGAGCAGGAGGAGCGCGAUCUAGAGGAGGCGGUGCGGCGGCGCGUGGAGGAGCGCAAGGCGGAGACGCGGCGGCUCGUGGUGGACGACGUGCGGCGCGAGGAGGAGAAGGAGCAGCGGCGCGCGGAGGACGGCGGCGGCGGAGCGGACGGGGACGGCGCGGGCGCGGCGGCGGAGGACGUGGAGACGGACGACGAGACAGACGCGGAGGAGGAGUUCGAGCGGUGGCGCGCGCGCGAGAAGGCGCGCGUGCGGCGCGAGCGCGAGGAGCGCGACGCGGUCGCGCGGGAGAAGGAGGAGCGCGAGAAACUGGCGCGCAUGACCGAGGAGGAGCGGCGCGAGUGGGAGCGACGCAACCCCAAGGCGGCGCCUGCGGGCAAGACAAAAACAAAAUGGAAGUUCAUGCAGAAAUAUUAUCACAAGGGCGCGUUCUUCCAGGCGGGCGCGGACGACAAGGGCGGCACGGCCGGCACGGAUGAGAUCUAUGCGCGGGAUUACUCGGAGGCCACUGGGGAGGACCGGCUGGAUAAGAGCGUGCUGCCCUCCGCCAUGCAGGUGAAGCACUUUGGGCGCAGUGGGAGGAGCAAGUGGACGCAUCUGGUCAACGAGGACACCACCCAGCAAGACUCCCCGUGGGCGUACAACGACGCGUUGAGGGCGCGGUACAACAACAAGAUGGCAGGCAUGGACAAGCCACUGGAGAAGCCCAAGGGGAGCAAGAAGCUAAAGAACGCGCUGCAGAACCCGUGA